UUUUGACAAUUGACAACCCUACAACAGAUUGCCACGAAGAACAGAAUUUUUUGUUGGCACAUCGAAAUUAAUAAAAUAAACACACUGCAACAGCCAGCGCAUUUCGAAUAAGUUGACGCAAGCAAACGAUGGGUUCGAGUCACAGCAUUCACGUGCCCGGCGGGGGCACAGAAGGUUACCACGUACUCAAAGUGCAAGACAACUCGCCGGGCCAGAAGGCCGGACUGGAGGCAUUUUUCGACUUCAUUGUGGCUAUUGCCGGAACUCGACUGGACCAGGACAACGACAUGCUUAAGGAGCUGCUGCGCCAGAAUGUUGACAAGCCCGUCCGUCUCACUGUCUAUUCGAGCAAAACGCAAACCGUGCGGGAGCUGACAUUGACGCCAAGCACUAGCUGGGGCGGCCAGGGACUGCUGGGGGUGAGCAUUCGGUUCUGUUCGUUCGAAGGGGCCAACGAGAGCGUCUGGCACAUACUGGAGGUGCAUCCCAAUUCGCCCGCGGAGCUGGCCGGGCUCCGGGCGUACAGCGACUAUGUGAUUGGAGCGGAUGCCAUACGCCACGAGAACGACGACCUGUUCACGCUGAUCGACACGCACGAGCAGCAGCCACUGAAAAUGUACGUCUACAAUCUGGACGACGACGCUUGUCGCGAGGUGACAAUUAAGCCCAACACUGCCUGGGGCGGAGAGGGUGCCCUCGGCUGUGGCAUUGGCUUUGGCUAUCUGCAUCGCAUCCCGGUGCAGGCAGUCCCAGUACCAGCCGGUUCGGGCCCUGCCACUACUGCAGCGGAGGCCGCUCCACUGCUGCCGGGUGGAGGAGGAGGAGGAGGACAUGCGCCUGCCCCUGUGGCAGUUGCCGGCUCUGCUGUCGUCUCACCAACGUUGCCUUACAUACCGCCUCUGGCGAAUACCUUUGGAUCGACAAACGCCGAGAUACGACCCCCAACCAUUGAGCCGCCAGCCCAGAGCCUAUUCAAGACAUAUUUCAAUCCAGACGAAACAACAGACGCCCUCACCGCGGCGCUGGAGACGCAGGCCACCAUUGCAGAGCCGCAGGCCCCUGGCAACAUAGCUGCUCCAGCUCCUAUUCCUGCUGCACUAAUCUCUCAUCCGCCACCCGCGACUGUGGCUGGACCUCUGCCUGGUGUCUUUGCUCCUCCUCCGCCUGCAGCAGCUCCCGUAGUUGAGGCUCAAGCGCAGUCUGUGCCACCACCAGCGAACAUCUUCAUACCUGGCGUCUAUGAUCCCAGCGCACAGCACAAUGCGAGCGUGGCCCUCGGCGGAAUACCGGCUGCCCAGCUGCCUUUCCCACAGGCAACGGCGGCGCCACCACAGCUGCCGCCCGCGGCCGUGCCAAUGUUCUCCACACCACAACAGGCCUACAUGUCGGCUCCGGCCGCUCUCUCCUAUCCGGCUGCCCAGACGGUGCACUCGUAUCCGCAAGUACAGCCCUCCAUGGGCGGCCUGUUUCCCACGCAGCCAACGCCGCUGCCACCACAAAUGGUCCAUGUGUUCACCCCACCACAGGCGCAGGAACAGUCGCAGCCGUCCCCGUCCGGCAGCGAACAGCAGCAGCAGCAGCAGCAACAACCGGCAACAGCUCAUGCUGGAAACUAAGACCACAUCCACAUCUGAGCGGCGCUGUGUUGACCAAUUGGACAAAUUGUCGUUAAGCUUUUAUCUAUCAUCUGGUUAUUUUGUAUGAUGGCGCGUAUGAUACCCAAGGCCACAAAUGGAGCGGCAGAAUGCUGACAGAAGCGAUAAAUAUGUAAAUGGCAUUCGUAAUAUAAUAUAAAUUAACUAUUGUAAUAAACAAAUAA